AUGGCUGUCCCCGAAACUACAUCGCGGGUGGCAGAGGCGCAGAAGCUGGCCAAGUCGGAUCCCUCCAAGGCCGAACAGAUAUACAAGGACGUCCUUUCACAAAACCCUGGUUCCAAUGAGGCGGCCAUCAAGAACUACGAGACCGCUCUAGUCGGUCUCGGCGAGCUUUACCGCGACCAGAAGAAGGUGGAUGCUCUGGCGGAACUGGUAAAGCAAGCGCGAUCGGUAAUGUCGUCGUUUGCGAAAGCGAAGACAUCCAAACUGGUCAGACAGCUGCUCGACCUCUUCACCACCAUACCAAACACCACCGACAUCCAGAUCGCUGUCACCAAGUCAUGCAUAGAGUGGGCCGUCUCAGAGCGGAGAGGCUUCUUACGGCAAAACCUCGAGACCCGACUUGUCGCCCUAUACAUGCAGAAGCAGUCCUACUACGACGCCCUGACGCUCAUCAACAGUCUGCUCAAGGAGCUAAAGCGCCUAGACGACAAGCUGGUCUUGGUCGAGGUGCAGCUGUUAGAAUCGCGUGUCUAUCAUGCAUUGGGCAACAUACCCAAGGGCCGUGCUGCUCUCACAUCCGCCCGAACAUCGGCCGCCUCUGUUUAUACCCCGCCUAUGUUGCAGGCUGGACUGGAUAUGCAGAGUGGUAUGCUACACGCCGAGGACGGCGACUUCAACACAGCUUUCUCCUACUUCAUCGAAGCAAUGGAGGGAUACCACUCACAGGAUGAGGACCAAAAGGCAACAUCAGCACUGCAGUAUAUGCUGCUCUGCAAGAUCAUGCUCAACCUCGGAGACGACGUGACAUCGCUCAUGACCUCGAAGCACGCCGUCAAGUAUGCCGGUAAGCGAUUAGAGGCUAUGAAGGCCGUAGCCCGAGCACACACGAACCGCAGUCUAGAGGAGUACGAAACCGCCUUGACCGACUACCGCCAACAGCUUGGCAGCGACCGAUUCAUUACCUCCCACCUUCGCCGCUUGUAUGACAACAUGCUGGAGCAGAACCUCAUCAAGGUCAUCGAGCCCUUUAGCCGGGUCGAAAUCGACCAUGUCGCCAAGAUGGUCGGGCUAGACACGAUACAGGUGGAGCGAAAGCUCUCCCAGAUGAUCCUUGAUAAGGUCAUUAUUGGAGUGCUGGACCAGGGCGCCGGAUGUCUCAUCGUCUACGACGAGUCGGAACGCGAUCAGGGAUAUGAUGCUGCCCUCGCCACUCUUGAGAAGCUGAGCAACGUUGUUGACGUGCUGUACACCAACCAGGCCUCUCUGUUGGAGUAG